AUGGCUUCCAGCUUUAGAAGUGGUAAUAAUUUGAGAAAUUCUCCUUCUUCGAAGAAACAGAAAGUGACAGUCAGUAGAGUUGAAGACGCCCUAGACCGUAUCUAUCACUUGCCUGACUCACUCCUAAUUCAAAUUCUCUCUCUUCUUCCAACAAAGGAUGCAUUCAGAACAUGUAUUCUCUCUAAAAUUAGGUGGCAGUAUCUCUGGACUUCUGUUUAUAACUUCAAUUUUACUUGUAAUAGUUUCAUGGAAGUAGAAAGCUUCGGAUCCUUUAUUGACUAUGUAUUAGCUCAUUCUUCGGAUCUCUUAGUUUUGCUGUUGAGAGAAAAGUGGAAAAUGGUGUAUUCUGGUCAUAUGGUAAUGACGACUACAAAUUACCUGAAUCUCUCUGCAAAUGCUAUCGAAUUUUGUAAUGUUGAGCCUUUUCGUCGCUUGGAAAUUAAUUCAUUAAAAUUAAAGAGACUGAAGCUGAAAGAUUAUUGGUGCUGUCGUGAUGGAAGAGAUCAUUCCUUAGAAAUUUGUGCCCCGUAUCUUCAGCAUUUGGAAAUUUCAGGAGAGCUUUAUGAUCUCAAAUGCUGGCUUGUCGAUGUGUCCUCUGUGGUUAAUGCGAAGCUUACUUUCAACAUUAGGUGUAUCAAAGACAUUGAGGAUGAUAAUGGUGAAGAAUUGAAUGACGAGGAAGACCGUUGUCGUGACUAUCAUCAAGUAUUUAGGACCCUCGUGCAAGAUUAUCUUCAAAAGUUGAGUUGUGCAACUGAGCUAACAAUUGGAACUUGGUUCACGAAGAAUGUAAACCUUACACAAUUGAGAACCUUUUGCACAAAAUUCACCAACAGAACUGGACAGAUUAUAGAAACUGGUGGAUAUUUAUGCCUUUUGGCAAUCCUUUUGUCAACUUUUCCAAGUCAGGUCCUAUGCAUGUUGCAGUUCAAAGGGGUGCUGAUUCCAGAAUUGAAGUGCAAAUAUCUAACGCUAGAGUUGCAUAUGGGAAAGUUUAAUUUGUACGGAGCAGCUACCCUUUUGCGAGCCUCGCCUUAUGUGGAGGCACUCAACAUAGACAUGGAUAACACAGAUGCUGACCUGCAUUUGAUCCUGAUUAUAUUCUCUGUCUCCCGUUUGAGUUUGAUGGUUCCUGGUGCCACUUUGAGUUAA